AUGGCUGAAGAUGGGCUGAAGCAGCUGGAGAUGCCUCUGGUCCUGGACCAGGACCUGACCAAGCAGAUGCGACUGCGCGUGGAGAGCCUGAAGCAGCGUGGGGAGAAGCGUCAGGAUGGCGAGAAGCUGCUCCGGCCGGCUGAGUCCGUGUAUCGAAUCGACUUUACCCAGCAGCAGAAGCUGCAGUUCGAGCGCUGGAAUGUCGUGCUGGACAAGCCAGGCAAGGUCACCAUCACGGGCACCUCUCAGAACUGGACACCCGACCUCACCAACCUCAUGACACGCCAGCUGCUGGACCCCGCUGCCAUCUUCUGGCGGAAGGAGGACUCGGAGGCCAUGGAUUGGAAUGAGGCCGAUGCCCAGGAGUUUGGGGAGCGCCUGUCGGAUUUGGCCAAGAUCCGCAAGGUCAUGUACUUCCUCAUUACCUUUGGCGAGGGGGUGGAGCCUGCCAACCUCAAGGCCUCGGUGGUGUUCAACCAGCUCUGA